CACUAACCACAGCAGUUAAAAUGGAUCCCAGUCCACUCAUUUUAGAUGGAGGUCUUGCAACAGAACUUGAAGCAAGUGGGUUCCAAUUACAGGGAGAUCCACUGUGGAGUGCAAGACUUCUGCAUACAAACCCACAGGCCAUUAAGGACGUACAUUACAGAUUUCUUCAAAGCGGUUCUGAUGUCAUAACAACAGCCACAUAUCAGGCCACCAUUGAGGGAUUCGUGAAAUAUCUUGGUCUCCGGCCUGAGGAAGCACAGCAGAUGAUGAUGUCAGGGGUUCAACUGGCAAAAGAGACAGUUCGUGAGUUCAUGUCUUACUCACCCAAAUCAGAAAACAGAAGAGAGCCUUUGGUUGCAGGCUCAGUGGGUCCAUAUGGGGCCUUUCUACAUGACGGGUCAGAGUACACAGGGGCCUAUGAGGACAAGAUGACAUUGGAGGAGUUGAAAGACUGGCAUCGUCCACAGAUCCAGUGCUUAGUAAAAGCUGGAGCUGAUCUAGUUGCCAUGGAGACCAUUCCAGGUCUCAAAGAGGCGGAGGCUCUGGUGGAAGUACUCAAAGAAUUUCCCGAAAUUAAAGCCUGGCUUUCCUUUUCCUGUAAGGACAUUCAUAAUAUUUCAAGCGGGAGGAGCUUUUCUGAGGCGGUUCAGGUGGCCUGUAGGUCCACACAGCUGGUUGCUGUGGGGGUGAACUGUUGUCCCGCUUCUUUGGUGAAACCGCUUCUAGAGUCAGCCAAGUCACACAAGAAAGCAGAUUUGAGCUGGGUGGUCUAUCCUAACAGUGGAGAGAGAUGGGACCCCAAGACCGGAUGGAUAACGGAAAAACAGACAUCAUUUGCCAAAUUAAGCCUCGACUGGAAAGAACAAGGGGCUUUGUGGAUUGGUGGCUGCUGCCGUGUUGGUCCUGCUGAUAUAACUGCACUGAAGCAACAGCUACAUGUAUAGCAAUGACUCGUCAUGAAACAUGACACCGUUCACAUCUAGUUACUUAUGAAAUAAUGCACCAAUGUGUAAGAAGGUGUAUAAAUAUUUUAUUCAUAAAUAAAAAUAAUACCAACACUAGAUGACUAGACAUUGAACAUCAUACAUUAGAUGUCGCUGUGUUAAAGGAAGAACACAAAUCACAAUGCACAUAAAACAUGGAAGCAAUCAUGCAAUCUUAGCUCACAGCGUUGCACAAAGAACGUGAUUGUAAUCCUUCAAGUUAGUAUUUACUAUAAGUUAGCGCCAUUUUAAUGGACUGUCACUUCACUAUAGCCUGAAUCUGAUCCACUGACACAUUAUUAAACUGUCUGAUAUCUUCAUGAUAACUUAGUUUGUAUUUUUUUUAGACUUACACUAAUAAAACCAUUUUGUGUCUUCUA